CUUGAAGGUAAACAAAUACCAGAUAUACAGGAGUGCACGACGUGGAUAGUCGUCCUCGAAGUUAUCUGGAAAGACCAAAUGGCUACUUUGUCUAGUUCUGUGACUCUGGACAGAGCUUAUUUUGAAACCCUGCUGCGAAAAGCCCAGUUUCAUUCUUCUGGCGUAGACCACAGUACUCCUACGGACCUGCCCAUGGUGACAAUUACCAAAUCUGACUACGAUGGGCUGCUUGUUUCUUCUCGAGAAUACGCAAAUCUACGCCGGAACCUAUACAAAGGGGGGGUCUCAAAAGACAUUCUUGAUAUCCUUGUUAACGACACUCCAAUCAGCGCUCAGGAUAGCACCAACUUGGCACCAGGCGGCACAUCAGAUGCCAACCCCCCACAAUUGACUCGGGCCCCAGAGCCUCCCACAGCAUAUGGAAUUGCUCCCAGUUAUCACAACGAAAACGCCAAUAAAUACACAAACUAUGGCAGCCACAUGGUGGGCCAUACAUCGAAGGCCGUAGAAUACAGUGGUCAGUUCGAUGACAUCUAUUCUCAAAAUGAAGGGCAGGAUGGGUACUUCAACAAUGGCAACAACCGCACUGAAGUUGGCCGUGAUGGCCAGUUUUUGAGAAACGCCAAGCGUACGAUACAAUUGAGCAACCUCCCAGAAGCGACCACGCAUGCAGAUGUGACAGAUGCGGUCAAAGGUGGAAUGCUACUUGAUGUUUUCCUUCGCAGCCAAGAUCGAGCUGCAUCUAUCUCUUUUCUAGACGGGAAUGCUGCGAACGAUUUUUUCCGCUAUGCUAAGCGCAACGAUCUUUAUAUUUGCGGGAAAAGGGUCGCGAUUUCGUGGUCAGACCGACACUUCACCCUCGCGAACCAUGUCGCCCAUAAGAUUGGAAUGGGUGCAACGAGAAAUAUCGUUAUUCGAUCCGCAAGUACAAGGCACACGGAUGAGUCUAUCCGGGAAGAUCUGGAUCACAUCCACAACCUAGUCGUCAUCAGCAUUAAAUUCGUCGACAGAGAUGCUCAUAUAUCAACCAAUUCCGUCCACAAUGCCAUGUUUGCGAGAACCUGCAUGAUGUCACGAAGCAAAUACAAGGGCUGCAAAAUCGAAUGGGAUAUCGAUGAGUGUGCUGCUCCCAUCCCAGUCCUCAAACCACGCCCAGUUCAAAAGGAGAAUAAUGCACCGAAGCCAAGAGCUCCAAUCAACCGAUUUGCUCUGCUCAACAUGGAUGGCGCUACAGAUAGCUCGGCUGACGAAGAUUCUAUGCUGGGCAUGGACAGCUUUCAGGCAGACCUCGUCUCUGGUUUGAACGGGGUUGCUGUGUGAACACUAUUGUGAUUCUCGAGUGCUGAUUCACUGAGAACCGUAUUCAGUUUAUGUGUCUUAUAUUAUUUUCUUAUUUCUUUAGCAAAUUACCUCUGAUAUCGGGCUGGGCGUCACACAUGGUACUUUCUUUUAUGGCCGCCUGCGAUUGGCACUUCUCAUGUUUACCACCACAGAUACCCAAAAAUUUGCUUUGCCUUUGCUUUUACCAACCUUCUCGGUAUCUGCGGAUGAUUCGUUUUAGCUACUAGAGUAUGUAGCAUGUCCGAGUAGUAGCGCUAGAGAUGCCACGUUAAGAAAAGGAAUGAUUUAUAUGCCUCCGUUUAUUUUUGAUUGCCAAAUGUCCAGAGGAAAGGGAGUGUAUAACAGCGAACGAAAGGGUUUGGACUACCUGCAAAUCCUGUUGCCGCUCCUACUCGAAAAAGAUCGCGAUUGUUUGAUCCAACUUAAAGUUAUCAGAUGAUUUAUU